UAAAUGACAGGAAAGGCAUGGUGCUCGUUUUAAUACCUCCGAAGCUUAGUUUCCGUCAGUUUUCUGAAAUAGUUCAGGCGAUAAAAACAAGUCGACUGCACAACGCGUUGUUGGAUUUUUGCAAACCUUUCAUCAUAGUAAUUUUUGAGAUUAGAAACAAACAUACUCUCCGGGAAACGUGUUUGUUUGCUAGCGUCAAGCUUUUGCUGCAACGUGUAAGUUAUGUAAACAAUGCAAUGGAGACAAGCGAAGAAGUGCUUCAGGGUUCUCCGAUGAUUCACGGAAAAGAGCAAGCACGAAUUGACAGGAGUGGGCCCUCAACGAGCAGAAACCAGACCACAGGAACUCCUCUCUCACCUAUGGACCCACUGAACACACUGUCCAACUUCGAGUCAGAGAUGGAGCCAGACGGACAGGGAAACUACUCUCUCUUCCCUGCCUUGGACAACAUGGCCAGCCUGGCAGGAGCUGCCGAGGCUCUAGAGAGUGAACCAGCUAACGAUGUUGCAGACAAGCCCAAUCUCACAUGGCUUGAUGCUGCGCAGAUUGUACUGGAGGCAGCUGGACGCCCAAUGCAUAUCAAGGAGAUCAAACAGCAAAUCAUUGACAGGGGAUUGGUUCAGUCCAAUGCGAAGUCAAGCCUUGAGGCUGUCAUGUACCGUGAGACACAGAAAGGCAGCAGGAGAUUCAAGAGGAUUGAGAACAGAAAUGGAGUCUUUGCACUGUUGACAGAUGAUGAGGGGCAGCAGGCUCUACAGUCCUUCACCACCCAGUCUUUCAUGGGGUCUCCCCCCCAGUCAACCUUCUCCAGCUCUGGCUCUGCAGCCUCUCUGCCUCCCUUCCCCUCCCCCACAGGUCUCUCUGAGACCAGGCCCAAGACCAAGAAAGGCCCACGCAAGAACCAGAACGAAAAGUACAGACUAAAGUACCUCAGACUACGCAAAGCAGCACUGGCCAUGAUUUUUGAGAAUGCGGCUCUCUGUGAUGAAGUUGCCCACUUAGAGGAGAAGUUUGUGCGAGCAAAAGAGGAGCGCAGGUUCUUACUGAAAUCGCUGUUGCAGUACCAGUCUGUGUCAGAGGGGGAGCUGCUCACUGCUGCUACUACCAGCUCUCACCCCCCUGUGACCUUCAGUGCCGUCCCAACGGGGGCGUCAGUCCUGCCUGUGGGUCAUAACCUGGCCUCUGGGACCUCUGGGGCAGAGGAGGGCCUUCCUAAGAAGCCUAAGAAGGAACGAGGCAGGGAGAAUGGAAAAGACGACGGUCCAAAAAGAAUGUCAAAAAAGCGGAAGCUUGCUGACGCGGGGUCUCGUAAGCUGGUUCAGCCCAUCGCUCUGGACUCCUCAGGACGUCCUGUCUUCCCCAUAGUACUGGGGGGUCUGACUGUGUACAGUCUAGGGGAGAUUAUCACAGACAGGAUGCUGUUCCAUGACCAGUGUGCCAUCUACCCAGUGGGUUUCUGUAGCACACGCUUCUUCGCCAGCAUGAAGAGCCCUGAUCAGCAGUGCCUCUACACCUGCCAGAUUAAGGACGGGGGUGGUGGCCCACAGUUUGAGAUCGUGCCUGAGGAAGACCCUCAGAAUGCCAUAGCUGCCUCCUCUGCCCUCACCUGCCAUUCCAACCUGCUGAAGGCCAUUGGUGCUCUAAGAUCUAAACCGGUGGCACCCAUCGUGCCUUCUGGAGCAGACUUUUUCGGCUUCUCCCACCCCACCAUCCAGAAUCUGAUCCAGAGCUGCCCAGGAGCACGCAAGUGCAGCAAUUAUCAGUGGAUCCGUUUUGAGGUGUGUCGUCCAGGCGACGGCCAGGUUCCACACAGCCUGUCUGAGGACGAUGCCUCAGUCAACUUUGAGGCCUACCAGAGACACCAGGGCUUUGAUGACAGCAUCAGGGGGGAGCACAAUCUAGUAGGCAUGACUCCACAAUCCCCUGGUUCCUCUCACCAGCAUCUUCUGAGCUCACCCACCCUUCAACCUUCUACAUCUUACUUCAGCCACUGAUCCGUUCCUCCUCAACCUCCAGACCAGUGAAGUAGUGGAAAAGAAAAAACUGAUAAACGAUGAUCGCCUUUUGCGGUUAAUAAAGUAACGCUCCAUAUAUUUUCA